CCAAAAUAACCUUUCGUUGCCCCAUGAAUGAAAAUAACGUUGGAAACGUUAACCUCUCGAUAUAGGCUUGCCUCGUCCUUGUAGAUGGGUCCGGGGUAGAUUUUCUCGGGCGGCGAAUUUAAAGGGCAUUUUUGGCAUAAAGUAACAGGGAGCGGCACCACUGCUCUCGGUUUCUGUCGUCUUGGGCCUGCGGGGGCUUUUGCCUUUGGUGCUUCUCCCUCCCCCGCGGAGAAGAUGACGGGGACUUGUUUGGGAACGAUGAAGUUCGCGGACUUGGGCGCGAAUUUCGCACCCCAGCGGACGAUCUCCGAUCCUUCGUGGGCCUUCCGUCCGACUAGGAACUGGAGCAGGGCCGCUCCGAUCAAACCGGCGCCCCACUCUCCGGUAUCGGUUCUAGGCCGUAGACUCGGCCCCAGGCCUCCGCUUUCUUCCUCUUCCCCCGAUUUCGGACUCGUUUCUUCUACGGUUCAUCUACAGCCUCUGCAUCUCUUCAUUGUCCAGUGUAUGGCUGGUUUAUGGGAAUGGAGCUCCUUGCACACAGCACCGCUUGUUUUCGCCUUUGCUCUUUGAGAUUGGUUUGGCUAAUUCUCCUCCUCUCUUUUCCUGUACGGGCUUCGCUAAUUUCUGCAGAGUUUCCCGAUGGCAGCGUUGUGUUCCGCUUUGAUGUUCUUGAUGGCAACGCAACUGAUGCGCAGCAGUUGGACACUUUACCAACUUUUUUCGAAAAUUCAGGUCUUCCGACCGAAGAUUCUCCGGGGUCAAGAUCUGGUGAGAUGGAAAAUAGUCUACAGUUCUCUGAUCAUGGAGACCGAAUGGAACUCGAUGACGAGACUUGCCACUUUGAUGUUCAAGAGGAAAAUGAGCAAAUUAAACCUGAAAAUGAUUUAGCAGAUUCACACGGACGUGUUAGUGAGAGACAAAGUGUAGAUGAAUAUCGUGCAUGCAUUUCUGAUGCAGAGAAGGUGACAACGAAUGCACCGCUGGAAGAUGCAGAAGGUAGAAGCGUUGCGGAUGAAGAUGUCGGGAAGGUUUGUCAAGAAGACUUUGGAUCCAAUGGUGAUGUACGGGGAGUAUCAAGCACUUUUGUUAUUGAAGAAGAGGUAGAGGGUGCUCAACUAUCGAGUGGAAUUGCAGACAUUUCAUCUACUAACCGUAUAGGCACUACCGGUAGAGAGUUGGAUCAGAUUUCUCAUGAAGUUCCUGCUUCAAAAGGUGACCUACAAGGAGGAUCAAGUAAUUUUGUCAAUGAGAAAGAGGUUGAAGAUGUUAAAUAUUUGAAUGCAAGUGAAGAUUUUUCAUCUGCUAGAGAAAAUAUGCUCACUAUAAUUGAAGAGGUAGAGGUGGGCCAUCAGGGAACGGAGCUAGAGCAGGCUUCUGUUGAAGUGUCUGUACCAAAGGGUGAUCUACAAGGGUCACCAAGCAUUUUGAUGAUUAAGGAGGUUGCUGAAGAUGUUGAGCCAUUGGACCGAAGUAGAGAUAUUUCCACCACUGUAAAGAGUGCUGGUCUCAUGGAUGGAGAAGUGGAGCAGGUAGAAGAGGAAAUUGAUGUACCAAGAGCUGAUCCUGAGGGAAUAAGAAGUACUUACAUACUGAAGAAAAAGAUGGAAGGAGUUGGACCAUUGAAUGGAGACAACAAAUUUUCAACUACUCAAAGCAUGGAUGUUCUUAAUGGAGAGUCGCAGCAGUCAGAGGAAGAUUCUGUAUCUGAGGGUAACCUGGCACACUUGACAAGUACUUCACUGGCAGUGGAAAAGGGUGAAGGCAAUGAAUUACUGAAUAGUGCGGAAGGUGCUUCAUCUACUACAAUGAACAAGAGUUUAGGUGGAGACAUAGAAUAUGUAUCUCAGCAGAACUUCAAUAAUUUAUUUGAAAAUAUAGAGCUGGAAGAAGAAUGUGUUACAAAUGAAUCACCUGAAGUUGAACAUCCAGAAGGAGGUGAAAAAUAUGGUGGAAGUUCAAAGCUUCAGGACUCGGGAGUUCCCAACAUUAUGGAUGUGCAGGCUACUCUAGAUAUUAAUCAUGAAAGACAAUUUCCAGGACCAAGUUUGAACCUCUCUUCCGGUGUGGCCAUGCUUCCUCAUCCCUCCAAGGCUUUGACAGGUGGAGAGGAUGCCUUCUUUUUGUCAAACAAUAACUGGCUGGGAGUGGCUGAUGGAGUUGGACAAUGGUCGCUUGAAGGAAUUAAUGCCGGGCUAUAUGCUAGGGAGCUCAUGGACAAUUGUUUUAAGUUCGCCUCUGAUCAUGGAGGAACUCUAAUCAAACCAGAGCAGCUAGUUCUACAUGCUGCUGCAGAAACAAAUUCUGCUGGCUCAUCUACAGUUUUAGUUGCUAAAUUUGAUGGUCAGGUUCUACAUAUUGCAAACCUUGGAGAUUCUGGGUUUGUCAUUAUCAGAAAUGGUUCUGUUUUUAAAAAGUCGACACCGAUGGUAUAUGGGUUUAAUUUUCCAGUGCAGAUUCAGAGAGGAGACAACCCCUCAGGGAUUGUAGAGGAAUAUGAGAUUGUUUUGGACCAAGGAGAUGUAAUUGUUAUGGCAACAGAUGGAUUGUUUGAUAAUCUAUACGACGAGGAAAUAGCAACCAUUGUGUCAAAUUCCCUGAGAGCCAACUUGGGAGCGAAGGACAUAGCAGAUGUAUUGGCAGAAAAAGCACAGGAAAUAGGGAGGUCAACAGCUGUAAGAAGCCCAUUUGCUGAUGCAGCCCAUUCUUUUGGUUACACCACGUACACUGGUGGGAAACUCGACGAUGUUACUGUUGUUGUUUCCAUAGUUCACAGCUAUUACAAGUAAUCUCUACAGCAUUUUCGUUUUCCCCUUUUUUGCUGUUCUAUUAUCUAUUUUCAUGUUUUUUUUUUUGUAAAUAGUUGUAAAGGAAAUUUCUUUAGUUUAUUACCAUCUUGAGCGGCAGUAGGCGUUUUUGCUCAUCUGAUUGGACCUUCCAGUAAUCAAUUCACUAGCCUUCUCCACAUGUUUAUGGAAGUUA